AUGGGAAAUCGGUGUCAGAUAGUUGAUUCGGUCAUUGCUGUUCGUGACUUGACACAAAGAAACUAUAUUCUUAGUGAGAUUCGAGUCAUAACAAAUAGCAUGACAUCGAUUAUGGAAUUCCUUGCGUCUGUGGGACGAAUACGAAAUUCAUCCGAGUGCUACAACGACUGGACGUUCCUGACACCGAGGAAAGGAACGUCCGAAGGAAUGAUUUCUGCCCUAACAAUACACUUACGUAUUCAUACUGAGGAGAAGCCAUAUCACAGUGAUAUCUGUGGUAAAUCAUUCUCUGGAAGUACUGCCCUAACAAUACACUUACGUAUUCAUACUGAGGAGAAGCCAUAUCACAGUGAUAUCUGUGGUAAAUCUUUCUCUGGAAGUACUGCCCUAACAAUACACUUACGUAUUCAUACUGAGGAGAAGCCAUAUCACAGUGAUAUCUGUGGUAAAUCAUUCUCUGGAAGUUCUGCCCUAACAAUACACUUACGUAUUCAUACUGAGGAGAAGCCAUAUCACAGUGAUAUCUGUGGUAAAUCUUUCUCUGGAAGUACUGCCCUAACAAUACACUUACGUAUUCAUACUGAGGAGAAGCCAUAUCACAGUGAUAUCUGUGGUAAAUCAUUCUCUGGAAGUUCUGCCCUAACAAUACACUUACGUAUUCAUACUGGGGAGAAGCCAUAUGACUGUGAUAUCUGUGGUAAAUCUUUCAUCCGUAAUAAUGACGUAACUAGACAUAAACGUAUCCAUACAGGGGGAAAGCCAUAUCACUGUGAUAUCUGUGGUAAAUCUUUCUCUGGAAGUACUGCCCUAACAAUACACAUACGUAUUCAUACAGGAGAGAAGCCAUAUCACUGUAAUGUCUGUGACAAAUCAUUUUCUCAAAAUUCUGACUUAAAUAAGCACAUUCGUAUUCCUACUGGGGAGAAGCCAUAUCACUGUGAUAUCUGUGGUAAAUCUUUCUUUGAAAAUGGUAAAUUAACUGCACACAGGCAUAUUCAUACAGGAGAGAAGCCAUAUCAUUGUGAUAUCUGUGGUAAAUCUUUCUUUGAAAAUGGUAAAUUAACUAAACACAAACGUAUUCAUACAGGAGAGAAGCCAUAUCAUUGUGAUAUCUGUGGUAAAUCUUUCAUCCGCAAUAAUGACGUAACUAGACAUAAACGUAUUCAUACAGGAGAGAAACCUUAUCAUUGUGAUAUCUGUGGUAAAUCAUUCACUAAAUGUAGUAAUUUAACUGCACACAAACGUACUCAUACAGGAGAGAAGCCAUAUCAUUGUGAUAUCUGUGGUAAAUCAUUCUCAGAAUUUGGUCACUUAAGUAACCAUAAACGUACUCAUACAGGAGAGAAACCAUAUCACUGUGAUAUUUGUGGUAAAUCAUUCUCUAGAAGUAGUCUCUUGACUACGCAUAAAUGUAUUCAUGCACGUGAGAAACCAUAUCAGUGUGACAUCUGUGGUGAAUCAUUCUCUAGGAAUGAUGGUGUCACUAGUCAGAAACGUCACAUUCAUACAGAGAAGCUUUUAUGA